AUGUCCAAAUUCGAGACUGCGCUUGCGCGCAUCGACGCAGCACAUGCAGACGACCCUCGCCAGACCCAAACUGCAAAACCCAUGCCCUACGAACUCCACUACGCCCAAAAAAUGACCAGCUACCUCUCAACUUUGCAGCCCGAAGCACAUGAACUUCUGCGCCUCGCAAUCCGCGCCCAGCAUCUUCGCCGCUGGGAAGUCCCCCGCGAUAGCUACCCCGCAACGAAGAUCGGGUACCAUUCGUGGCGCGCGGGGCUCCAGAGACGACAGGCUGCGCUGGUUGAGCAGAUGUGCGUGGAGAGUGGGUAUACAGCUGAAGAGGCCGCGAGGGUUGGGGCGCUUGUGCGGAAGGCGGACUUGAAGCAAGGGGAUCCGGAUACGCAGACGCUUGAGGAUGUGGCUUGUCUGGUGUUUUUGGAUGAUCAGUUUGAUAAAUUUGAGUCGGAUUUAAAUGAUGAGGAGAAGAUGGUGGGGAUUCUGCAGAAGACCUGGGGGAAGAUGUCGGAACGGGGGAGGGAGGAGGCUUUGAAGAUUAAGUUGUCGGAGAAUGCCCAGAGGCUGGUGGGCAUUGCUUUGAGUGGAUAA